AUGGCGGGCGGCAGCGGUAACGGUGGAGGUGGGGGCGGCGGCGAUGCGCGAAGGCGGCGCUACGACCAGCAAGGAUACAACAACAACAACUUCGGCAACCCAGGCUUCAACAACAACUACAGCGGCGGCCGCCGACAGGAGCAAGGAGGCCUCGGCGGCCGUGGAGACGGCGGCUGGCAGGAGGCCGGCCGCUACGACGACCUGAGCUUCAACGGCCCUUAUGACGGGCGCGGUGACCAGGGGCGUGACGACCUGGGGCGCGGCGGUGACCAGGGUCGCGGAGGCGACCUGGGGCGCGGCGGCGACCACAGGCGCAACAACAACUUCGGCCGCCAUGAUGGAGGUACGCGGUCCCAUCUUCCUGCCGGUGCUGGUGAUGAAUACCGGUCCUGGGCGGCCGCGGAGGACGGGCCUUGGGGUCCUCCUCCUCCAUGGUGGGAACAGGAACAGGCGCGCAAGCGCAAGGCGGAGGCUGCCAGGGCCAGGGGCGCGCCGGCACCGACGUGGUGA